UCCCAGACUGCAUUUAUACCUCUAUCUUCAUAAUUACGAAAGCGGAACCUGACUAAGCUCUCUUUCCACUUUCUCGCAGCUCGCCUCCAAGCCAAGAUGGUUCGGAUGAGUGUUCUGGCAGAUGCACUCAAGUGCAUCUGCAAUGCAGAGAAGCGCUGCAAACGCCAGGUGAUGAUCAGGCCCUGCUCCAAGGUCAUUGUCAAGUUCCUCAUGGUCAUGAUGAAGCACGGCUACAUUGGCGAGUUUGAGAUCAUCGACGAUCACAGAGGAGGCAAGAUUGUGGUCAACCUCACAGGGCGUCUUAACAAGUGUGGUGUUAUCAGCCCUCGAUUUGAUGUCCCAUUGAAAGAGCUGGAGACCUGGACUGGUAAUUUGCUACCCUCCAGACAGUUUGGGUACAUCGUCCUCACGACAUCCAGUGGCAUCAUGGAUCAUGAAGAGGCAAGACGGAAGCACGUCGGAGGAAAGAUCCUGGGUUUCUUCUUCUGAUUCCUCCGAUGAGAAGGCGGACUGAAGGGGGGGGACAUCAUACUGCAUCCAGUGUCAAAGGAGAAAAAGUGACAACAUUUUACACUUGUUUGAGAAAUGAAUAAAUGGGCGUGAACUGUGAGACGUUAUAUACAGAUGAUGGAAUAAAGAAAGGUUGAAAGAACCAGAAAAA